AUGAUGUUCACUUUCCGGGGCUUCAUCCGGCUUUUAAUACUUUUCCCGGCUAUUUACGCCUAUCGCCAACAUUUGGAGUUGACGAUCAAGGGAUCCGAAGAAAUCAUCGAACAGGCCGUGGAAAGUCUGCAAAAAUCGCUAGACAAAGAUUUGCUGAGCCUUGACAUUACAAAGGAAAGAAAAGAAGGGCACUUUGUCGAGCUGCAGGUGCAUGGAAAGACAUGGACGAAGGGGAUCGAUAAUCAAAUGAUGAUGCCCGCCCAGAAGGAGCAUAUUGGGGGCGUUAUUGUAGAAACGAUCCGAGGCGCGGGAAUCGACCAUGCGAGAGCCUUUCAGGACCCAGCACUGCAUGCCCAAAAAUGGCGUGAACUUGCCCACGAGCUUGUGCAGCACCGCCUGGAAAAUCCGGGCGUCUUGAAGAAGUUUGUGGCCGGGGAUGAACAUCGAUUUGCGCUUUUUUAUAAUGAUGAGGGAGGCAUGGCGAAUCACCAUGCGGCCGUCAUCGUCUCGUUGGCAAGGAGGGAGAUGGAGGGGGCUGAGGUAAUUAUCAUCGACUGCACCCACGACGUCUUCAAAUGCGGUGAAUACGUUGACGUGGCCCACUUCCCAACUCUACGCUACUAUCGUGACAAAAAGUUGCAAAAGGCGUGGACCACGGAACUGGACAUGAUGACGGUGGAGGACAUCAGUGAUUUGGUCAUCAGGUCUAUCGACGAUACGGUACAUCGAGUCAACGAGGACCUGGUUCCAUACUGGCGUGAGGGGAUGCUGGAGGGUUAUGGCCAUCCCCUCGACACGGUUCAUCUAUUCUUCGGUCACGACGAGAAUGAAGAAGCAUAUAGGAGAUAUCAGGAAACGGCUGAGGCGUUGAAAGGACACUACACUUUCGGAGCCCUCAUCGAUGAGAAGGUGUCACAGUGGGCCACCCAUCCCGCAAUAAUCACCAUGAAGCCGCAGGAUACAGAGACGAAAGCCGUCGCCCAUCACAAGGAAUGGACCGUCGAGGCGCUGACACGCUACAUUCGAUUCUCGUCUCGGCCGCUAUUGCACGACCUCUCCAAGCCACGUGAAGCUGUGGAAGCCAUCGAUUCGGAUUGCGUCUUAUUGUUCCUUUUCGACCCAAAGAUGGCCGUGGCUGCUCGUCCGCUCUAUGAAUUGGCACAGGAUAUCGAGUAUCGGGAGACAGUACCGCUGGUGGUUGGAACGGUGAAUGGCACAUCACCCUUCGGCCUGGCCUUCUCGACGUGGGCCGGGUUGAAGCAGUUCGACCGCGCCCAGUGGGUGUUGGUAAACCACAAUGAGGAAAUCGACGUCGCUUACGUGUUGCCGGUCGACCCCGAGAAGCCGCUGGAUUUGAAGAAAUUUGUGAAAAAGCCAGAGGAGAUGGCAAAAGCUAGAGAAUCCACCCUUCACCUCGAUUUCCUGAAAAACGUUGCGCUGGGCGAGAAUUUUGAGGAUUGUAGGGGGAUGGCGUCGAGAAAAUGGCACGAACCAGGCACGCUGCCACGACCACCACUACACAACGAAGCACACGAUGAACUG